UGAAGAGAAGUGAAAGCAGAGGGGAAGACGCUUCACAUCCCCCCAGCUCACACAUGCGUUCAGACGGCUGAGUGUGGUGAGAUUAACUUCAAAGUUCGCCUUUUUUGUGUUAACAGAUGUCAGCCGCGUCCGGUGACCCCUCUUUCACCUCGCAGGACCUGAGACUCCAGUGCUCGGCCAGUCACUCGUUCAUCGCCCUGCGUUCCCCAGUCACGCCUGGUUCAUGCAAAGAAUGGUCAUCAUCUUUUUGGCUGCAGUUUCCAGCGUGCUACUGGUGUGCAGUGCUGGAGGAGUGGUGUUCACAGUCCAUGAGCUGCAGGCGACUGUGGGCUCUGAUGUCCGGCUGCCCUGCACCUUCUCGCUGACCGCAGGAGAGAGGAGUCAAGACAGCAGCGUGGAGUGGGAGUUCCAGGAGAAGGUGAUUUUCUUCUACUACCAGAACCACAGUAUCCCGUCCGAGAGGUGGGUGUCCUUCAUUGGGAACAUCGGGGAGAAUGACGCCACCAUCCUGCUCCGCAAUGUCACUGCAGCCCACCAGGGGGAGUAUGUGUGCCGCCUGCGCCCAGCCAACAGCCCUCUCAUCUACAAGAACAGCACCCAGCUCCGCGUCACCUCCCCGGUCCUAGCCCAAGGCAGGACUAUCCUAACCCCCCAUGCUCAAGCUGCCCAGUGGCCCAUGUAUGCGGGAUCCGUGGGUGGAGGUUUUGUCCUGGCUCUGGCCCUGGCGUUCGGCCUGUGGGCGUUCCAGCGGGCUCCCUGCCGCCACAGCAACCAGGGGGAGGGGCUUAGCCAGAGCCUGACCAAUGCUGGAGACCGGAACCCCAGAAAUAACAAGGACUCCGAUUGCUAUGUCACCCUGGGCCGGACCUGUGCUCCCCCGCCACCCCCAAGACCCCAUGCCGAAGACCUCUACAUCACCAUGCACAGACCCCCCGAGGAGCUGCCCAGGCCUGCACAGACGCCCAGCAACAGGAAGGGGCUACCGGCAGAGUGGCUGGCACUGGACAGCAUGCACCCCGAAAGUGAGCAUUCCUUCCUGAAGAAGCAGCUCUGCGCCAGUACUGUCCCCCAGGCAGAUACCCUCACUGUCUAACACGGACGUGUCCUGGUAUUUAAGGCUCUGCUUCCAAAAGAAAUGUUGACCAUUCGUACGAAGCUCCUCUACCAUCGGGUUUCAAAUUGCAGGAUGCAAAAGCAGCUCUCUGGUCAGAGCAAGGCAUCUUUGACGGGUCAACCCAUGCCUCCCAGCCGUGACCAACCAGAGCUCAACCUUGCAGGCUUCACCCUCACAAACUCUGCCCUGGGCGCUGGAGAGAUUGAAAUUCAGGUACUCUGUCAGUAUUGCUGCUGUGCCUUGUUCAAAGAAGUCUUAACAAGCUGGUUAAGCAAGAUGUACUUAUGGCUACACCCACGCGGGCAAUCUCCUGGAAAAUCAGUGCCACACAGAUGCUCCACUAGCUUAGUUCAAAUGAUCAGUUUCAUAACCAACGACUUAUAUGUUAACAGUUACACAGAUUGGAUCUUAAACCUCUCUUAUAGGCAGGUGCUAGACUAGCCACUCUCUGGAUAUUACUCUCUCUUCAGCGACUGCUGCAAGAGUGUUGUCUACUGUCCUGAGACAAUCUCUUGACCCUCAGCUACACUUGGUAAAUAAACCUGCCUCUUCCACGCUAACAGUUAGUUAAUCUAGUUAACCUAGAAUUCUGUUUGGGCUGGGGCAUGCUCUUCAUGUAAAUACUCCGACCAACUUCUUCAGAGAGUCCUGUCUAUCAUUUCAGUGGCUGACCUGCUUGUUGAUCUUGUCCCAAUCUAUGAGUGGAAAGUUAAAGUCUCCCUCUAUUACCACUUCUUCCUGUCGUGGCUCAUAGCAAAACCCCUAACAGAAAUGGCCUUUUUCAUAUCUUCUCAUAAGUUUGACCCCUAAGGUGUCUGACAUGCCCGUUUCCUCCAGGCUAACUUCCGGUGCCUGUUGUAUGGUUUGUCCAUCUUUCCUACCUCUGGACUGUUCUGCGUCUGCUAAUGUUGUAUUACAUCACCGUCCCGAGCGCCAUGUUUCUGUAGUUCCAGCUGCUGUUGUUUCUUCAUGGAGUAGCUGCUGGAUUUGCAGGCAAGACGCAAACACAAGGAAGCGAAGUAAAAGACACCCGAAAGCUGAGGCCUAGUUUGUAAUUCAAUUGCUCAUGUCUUGCAGGAAUGCUGAAACCAAGGCCGAUGUUAAAAGUGAAAAAUGCAGAAAUGCUGUACGUAAAUCUUUGAUAAACUCUGUGGA